AUGCACUUUUCCACAAGCGUGCUCGUCAUUGUCUUCGGCAUCAGCCUCGCCCUCGCCCUCGCCCUGGAGUUUAAGCGGCAUUAUGAUACGAUAUUGCUCUACGGACGUGCACCGUGUGUGUUCCACACGGUGUUGCCACUGUUGCAGUUGCCCACAGUGCUGCUCUCGCGAGGCAGCAGCCACAAAGACUGGGAAUUCAGCACCGAACUGUUGCUGCUCUGCUGUGGCACCAAUGCCGAGCAGGAACAAAAUUCACGCACCUCGUGGAAGCUUCAAUCGGCAAGACGUUUAAUCUAUGUGGAGACGCGGCUGCACCCACAAAGACUCUGCGAGGAUUUCUUCGAGCGGGAGCUGUACAAUGUGGCACUCUUGGAUGCAGAGUGUGCCACCUCGGGCAGCUUUUACAGUUGCCGAAGCUUCCAGAAGCCGAGCUAUGCACAAUUGCAGAUUUUGGAUGCACUUCCAAUUUACGUGGAACAAUGCGAAAAGUGGCAAGAUACGCAUGAUUGGCUACGUGGCAACACAUUCGUGGAGCGUGUGAAUGCCACGCUGCAGCUGCGCGACGAUUACGAAUUUGGCAAGAUCACCUACUACGGCGACAUUGAGAAGUUGACACAACAGAAUCUCCUCGAUGUGGCUGCCACAUUGGGCAGCACCAUGACCGCCGACAAUUGGGAAUACAUCAGUUAUCCCUACAUCAUCACCUCGUAUUGUGUCAUGGUCCCAGUCCCUGCAGCGUUGCCCUACAAAUCGAUCUAUACCGUUGUGGUUGAGCCUCUGGUGUUGGGCAUUCUGGUGCUGCUCUUCUUCAUCUUCUCGCUGCUGCUCGUUUAUAGUCAACGCUUGACCUGGCGACCCUUCAGCUUGGCCAGCGUGCUCCUCAACGAUCGCAGUCUGCGUGGCUUGUUGGGUCAAUCAUUUCCCUGGCCUGAGCAUGCCACGCGUCAUGUGAAGGCCAUCUGCUGCCUCAUGUGCUUCUCCAGCAUCAUGACCACCACCAUGUAUCAGGCUUAUCUGCAGUCCCUGUUCACACAUCCUCCGCCAGAGGCGUCCAUUCGCAGCCUCCAAGAGGUGCCUUACUCCCGCUAUAAAGUUGCCAUUGAGCGACGUGAGGCAACGAAUCUGCUCAAGAGUCGCAAUCUAACGAUUAAUGAUACCAAAAGUGGUUACAUUCUCGACGAUUGGAAUGAGUUUGUCCACAUGCGCGACACUUUCAAUGCCAGCUUCAUUUACCCCGUCACCGAAUUGCGAUGGAAAACUUAUGCCGAGCAGCAGCGUCUCUUUGCCCGUCCAGCCUUCUACUAUUCGGAUGACAUUUGCCUGCAUCGCAUGGUCAUGUUGUCAUUUCCGAUGCGUCGCUCGUUGCCCUAUCGCGAACGCUUCGAGGAGCACAUGCUGCACAUGCAGGACUUUGGCAUGUUGGAGUCCUGGAUGGAUCACAGUUUCUUCGACAUGGUCGCGUUGGGUCUCACGCCUCUGAAGGACUUCAGUGAGCCUGUCAUAGAUGAGGAUAUUCUAUAUCUGCGAGAUCUCACCUGGGUGUGGCUCUUCUAUGCCACCGGGCAUGUGCUUGCAACCGUCUUGUUUGCCGUCGAGUGUUACAGGGGCAGAGAGCGAGGCACCGCGACCCCAAUGACAUAACUUUUUAAGUAUUUUACUCUGUUUUGUACUCUGCACUUUUAUUGUGCAGAGAGAGUAUAUUAGAAUUGUGAUGCGGUUGGUAACAAACAAAACAGAGAUUUUAACCAACACUU